AUGAGUGUCGUGGAGGUUCUCAUGUCCGAAGGCCCCACUAAUUCCCCUUCUAGGCACUUAGGUGGGCAUCAUACCGCACCGAGGUCCCAGCUUUUGUGUAACAACACGGUAAUUAUGAGUACCGGUACCGGUACUGUGCUGCAGCUAAAUAUAAUUAACUGCAAUGUGACAAAUAAACGAGAUGCUGCCUGCUUUGUCUUCUCCAUAUAUUACCCCGUGCAAGCUCUUUUGUCAGUGUACGAAAAGAGAUGUGGUGUCUUGAAUGGGCGUCCGUGCGAUUCGGUUGACCAUCGAGGGUCGACAGCGCUUGCAGGAUCGGAUCUUCCUUUGCGUAACAAAGGAUUCAAGGUGUAG